AUGGCUUUAUCUCUUCUUCUUCACUUGCUUGGCUUUUUCCUUGUACUUGAACCACUUUCUGUAGCAGCUCAAACUGCAAAUAUUAGCUUGGGGUCGUCCCUUACUACAUCCCGGAGCUCAUCUGCAUGGCAAUCGCCUUCUGGGACAUUUGCCUUCGGAUUUCGCCGCAUUGCUGAUCAAGAUCUCUUUUUGCUUGCCAUAUGGUAUGAUAAAAUACCAGAUAAAACUAUAGUUUGGUAUGCAAAUGGAGACAAUCCAGCCCCAAAAGGAUCCAAACUUGAGCUCACCACUGAUGGCCAACUCACACUCACUGGCCCUCGAAGCCAAGAAAUAUGGAAGCCUCUGUCUGUUCUUAGUGGAAGGGUUGCCUAUGCCGCCAUGCUCGACACCGGCAACUUUGUGCUUGCAAACACCAAUGGUAACUACUUAUGGCAGAGCUUCAAAGAUCUCAAAGACACCGUUUUGCCAACCCAAGUGCUGGAAAUUGGCGACAAGCUGAAUUCUAGACAAACAGCAAACAGCUACUCACAGGGGAGGUUUCAACUCCAACUUAAAUCAGAUGGAAGGCUUGUGCUAUAUCGUAUCGCCUUGCCUACAGAGUUUGCCUACCAGCCCUACUACCAAAGCAAUACUUCUGAUGUUGUUGAUGAAAUGAAUUCUGGUUAUCAGCUAAGCUUUAAUGAGUUAGGUUACCUCAAUGUUGUCAGGAGGAAUGGACAUAUAGACAAGCUCAUAAACAAAACACUAUUACCAAUAAGAGAUUACUACUACAGAGCAACACUUGAUUCAGAUGGUCUUUUCACUCAAUAUGCUCACCCAAAGUCCCCCAAAAACGGGAGUUGGACAUCCUGGUUGCCUGUCUGGUCUAUCCCAGAAAACAUUUGCUUUGAAGCAAAUGGUGAUUUGGGCAGUGGACCAUGUGGCUACAAUAGCUACUGCAGACUCGACGUGAACACAAGGCCAAUUUGUGAAUGCCUUCCUGGCUUUUCUUCUUUAGAUCCAAAUAACAAGUUGAGUGGAUGUAAACAAAACAGAAUACAAAGUUGUGACGAUCAAGGAAAUUCAAAGCCAGAGGAUUUAUAUGUUAUGCAUGAGCUAUCUAAUACUUUUUGGCCAACUUCUUCAAACUUUGAGCAAUUGCAGCCAAUGAAUGAAGAUGACUGCAGCAGAUCUUGCCUCAAUGAUUGUUAUUGUAUGGUGGCUGUUAUCAAAGAGGGGAGCUGCUGGAAGAAGAAACUGCCACUCUCACAUGGAAGGCAGGACUGGAAUUCGUACGGGAAGGCUCUGAUCAAAUUACCAAAAUCUGAUGCUUCUUUAGAUGAUCCACUUUCUCCACAAUCAAACACAGGAAGAAAAGAUCGGAAAACUCUCAUCUUAGUAGGAGCACUUCUUCUAGGUAGCUCUGUGUUUCUUAACUUCGUUUUUGUUGCAGCAAUUUCUUUGGUUUUCUUAUACACAUACCAGAAAAGACAUAAUGUUACUACUAGCACAUCAAGUAUUAUGGAAGCAAAUCUACGUUCUUUUAGGUAUAAAGACCUCGAAGAAGCCACAGAUGAGUUUAGGGAAGAACUUGGAAGAGGUGCUUUUGGCACUGUGUAUAAAGGAAUCAUAUCAUCCCUCAGUUCAACGAACUAUGUCGCAAUCAAGAAGUUGGACAAGGUGGCACAAGAAGGCGAGAAGGAGUUCAAAGCAGAGGUGAGUGCAAUAGCCAGGACCCAUCACAAGAACUUGGUCAGAUUGCUAGGGUUCUGUGAUGAAGGGGCAAACAAACUUUUGGUCUAUGAGUUUAUGAGCAAUGGAACACUGGCUAGCUUUCUCUUUGGGAUUUCAAGGCCCGAUUGGAACAAACGAAUCCAAAUUGCAUUCGGUAUUGCAAGAGGGAUCAUGUACCUGCAUGAGGAGUGUAGCACACAGAUCAUCCACUGUGAUAUCAAGCCCCAAAACAUACUUCUAGAUGAUUCAUUCACAGCAAGGAUUUCGGACUUCGGAUUGGCAAAGCUUCUGCUAAGCGAUCAAACUCUGAUGCAUACCGUCAUUAGAGGGACCAGAGGAUAUGUUGCACCAGAAUGGUUCAGGAAUGUUCCAAUUACUGCAAAGGUUGAUGUUUAUAGUUAUGGGGUGAUGUUAUUGGAGAUUAUCUGUUGCAGGAGGAGCCUUGAAAUGGAAAGGGAAAAUGAAGAAGAAGUGAUACUAACUGAUUGGGUUUAUGACUGCUAUAAGGAAAAAACAUUAAACAAGCUGAUAGAGGAUGAUGAGGAGGCAAGAAAUGACAUGAAAAGGCUGGAGAGGCUAGUCAAGGUGGCAAUUUGGUGCAUACAAGAGGAUCCAUCUUUAAGACCCACCAUGAAGAAGGUUACACAGAUGCUUGAAGGAGUGGUUGAUGUAUCUGUGCCUCCAUGUCCUUCUCCUUUUGGUUCAAUAUGCUGA